CGUUUAGAUUUUGAAAUAUAACUUCCUUCUAUUGGUUUACAAAAAAGAUCCUAUACAGAAGGACACAUUUCGUCGCUGUCUCUUUUCUGAACAUGAUUCAAAUGCAACAUUUUCAGUUAUGGAUUUUACUGCUGCUUCAAGUAAUAGCACUGCCAUUUUAUGCGUCCGCAACUGGUCUUGGUGUUCUGUCAAUUUUAAAGCCAACCAUCCUUGGGAGGAAUAUCACGUUGCAGCUCAAUCUAUCACAACCGCUCAAAUCGGAGCAGUUCGCUGAGUGCGCAUUGAAAAUAAUGUUUGAUGGACAGACAACGCUACAGACAAUCAACAAUUCAUAUAGCAGGUUCGAAAACGACGGGGUAAAGAUGAUUGAGAUAGAUAGUGCGAGUGUGAACAAAAGCUGGGAAAAGGCUUUUCUUCACGUUGACUGCAAUAAGAACAAAGUGUCGAACUACGUCCUUCUAGAAUUUCAAGGCGACAGACCUGUACUUGGUCCCCUAUGCGCAGGGCUUAACUGUACCUACUGCCUCUGUGUCAAACCCGGAGACAAGAUUAAAUGUAUUACGUCUAGCACCAAGGUCACGCUGUGGAUUGGCAACAGAACACUACAAGGAACAUCAGUUGACAGCGAUUACACAUAUAUAUCACACGAUGCCAUCAUGGAGGAAGACCAUCAGAUAACAGCCUUAUGUUCAGCAACCUAUGACAACAACUCAGUUCUUAACACGUCUGCAUUCGUUUACGUUUACAUACCUCCGAAAGACUUCGUGCUGUUUGUACCAGAAUUACUAGAAGACAGCCAUGUGAACAUAACGUGUAUUGCCCGCAGAGGAAGACCAUCACCGAUGCUAGAAAUGUACUUGGAUGGCGAGAACAUCACAGGUGUGUCUCAACAUGACGUUUUUGAUGAGAACACUAGCACAUACACAAGUGUAUCCACUUUGAGAUGGGCUAACAGAACGUGGGACAAUAAGAACAUUACUUGCAGGCUGUUUGUCAGAAAACCGGACGGUAAAUACGUAUUUGAGAGAUCGACGAGCACAACGGUGAAUUAUAAAUACCGACCGGCAAUUCUAAGCGUGUAUGUGAACAAGACAUGUGGACAUUCUGAGGAGGUUUGCUUAACGUGUUUCGUAAGAGGCAAUCCACUUGCCAACAUCUCUCUAAGAAGACCUGGGCAAAACAUUGCAAUCAUUGAGUGUCUGAACACCACUGAGUGUAACAUAAAAAUAUCAAAGUCUGCUAUCAAAUCGUCAGAAUAUGAAUGCAUGGCUUCAAACUUGAUUGGAACGGCACGCCAGACAAUCACCAUUCAAGACGAUUUAAAAGUAAAAGACACACACAAUACCACAGAGGUUUCGAACCUGCUGAAGUCCGUUAUGAUCGGAGUGGGGGUUUCUGUGAUGUUCGUAUCCACAGUGAUAGGUGUUUUCUUCAUCAGGGAAUUUAAAAGACGCAAAGAAUUGAUGCCGAAACUAAUUCCUGUAAAGGUUGUUUGUGGAAACACUACACCACAUGAUGAUCAACCAGCGACAACAGCACAUACAGCUGCUAAAGAUGAGUCAAAUGAAGUUAUGGAAGCAACCGCAAACACGUAUUCCAAUAUUAAAGUUGCUUACACAAACCGUCGAGAGGCUCCGGUUGCCGGCCCUAGUAAACCUGAACUUGUUUACGCCGAUAUUGACAUCAUCUUUCUCGAAACAAAGCAGAAAAUGAUUAAAAAAACAAACAAGUACGUGCCUACUGAAUACACGAGCGUACGAGAACUCAACGCCAAUAUACCAGAUGAAAAAGUCUGUGCUCAUACAUAAUGCAUAAGCAGAAAAUGUAUGUGUGUAUAAUAAUAUAAGAGGACAAAUUACUAAGCGCCCAUUCAGUACACGAGUGUGAGAGACUACUGUUAUACCUGAUGAAAAUGUCUGUAUAAAUAAAUAAAACAAACAAACACAAUUGCUGCGUGUCCACUGAGAACUGGGUUUGAGAUAAUUCAUCACUGACUAACAAACCUGUAUCAGUACGUGCUACGUUUGUACCAUCGUUGCCAAAGGGAUUUGUAGUAUGAAUGUUUUUGUGUCUGCUAGUUCGUAUUUUAUUGUUAAAGUAAUGAAUACAUGUGUAUAUACGUUUGUUGAUGAUGGUAUUCUAUUAGAGUUGAUCUUUUUUAAUUUUUGUAUGCGUGAUCACACAGACAAAUGCGUUUGGUGAAGAUUGUGAUCAUAUCUCUGUACGUAUAUGCUGUUUGGUUAAAGUAAUAGUAAAGUUAUCAAUUUUUUCAGUUCUUUAAAUCAUGAGUAUAUAUGCAUGAGAGCUGUCUUAGUAAGUAUUCAUCAGGAAUUUAGGCCCGUCUGUAUGUCUGUUUGUGUGUAUGUGCACACAACGUUAUCCGACAAAACAAACUACAUAUUUAAAUUAUCAACAUUCACAGUCACAUGCUUUGUUACUCAUGAUGUAAAAUAUGCAUUAGCAAUUUUUGUAUAAUCAUACAUUAAAUUUGCUAAAGCGA